AUGACGCCGGCGUACGUCGACUCGCACUUGCGUAUCAAGCAUCAGUGCCGGCGGGCGGAGAUACACAGACCACCGCAAGGCUGUCCGAGUGGCUGCACCUGCGGGCCGCGGCCGCCUGCAGAGCGGCCAGUCCUCAAGUACUUUGCCGUGCUUCCAAAUUAUGGGCAAGCGGCCGGGCGGAAGCAGGGAGGCUCACGCGAGGUCGUUGGCUACCUGCAGUUCGUGAUCGACUUUUGGGAGAACCUGCCAAACGUGGUCAUCUUCUCGCAGGACGACCGAACUCAGCUGCGGCCGGCUCCCUGGGGCAACCUGGACAUCCUCCGGCCGCAGCUCAGGGAGUGGAAAAAGCUGUGGGGCCCAGACAGGCCCCUCUCCCGCCGCAGCUGCAUGUGCGACUACUUGCGCGAGAACAGCUACCGCCAGGGAAAUUACUACUGGUACAAAUCCAUGAGUGCGAUGCAGGAGCGGCUGAUGGCCACAAACCUGAGCGCGCGGAGCCGCACCGUGACGUGGCCAAGGGCGGCGACCUUCGCCGCCUCGCGCUUCCAGAUCCGCGCGCAGCCCCUGUGGGCGUUUGAGCAAAUUCACCGCGUCGCUACAGUGGAGAGGGCUUGCGGCUCUGUGGGCACCCUCACCUGGGCGCACUCGAUGGAGAGGCUCUGGCUCGAGCUCUUCGACGAGCGCGUCCCGAAGGCGUUUCGGCCGGCGUCGCCGGGCGACCGCGGACUCGGCGCUUGCUUUGGCGCCACAUGCAACCUCAACCAGUGGGCGAUGGACUUCCGCGGCAACCUGGAGCGGAUCGAGGCGUCCAUCCGCGAGGCCAAGGCGGCAGGGUGCACCUUCCGCACCGGGCCGGAGCUCGAGGUGACGGGCUACUCGUGCGAGGACUCGUUCCUCGAGGCGGACACGCUUGCGCACGCGUGGGAGUCGCUAGCCGCGCUGCUCGCCUCAGACCUCACCGACGGCAUCCUCUGCGACAUCGGCAUGCCGGUGAUGCACCGGAACGUCUCGUACAACUGCCGCGUCGUGCUGCUCAACCGGCGCGUGGUGGGCGUGCGGCCAAAGGUGUGCCUCGCCAACGACGGCAACUACCGCGAGAUGCGGUACUUCACGCCCUGGUUCAUCGACCCCACCUCUCCUGGCUACGGCGCUCUCGAGCAGUACUACCUGCCGCGCAUCGUCCGCGAGUUGACCGGCCAGCGGACAGUGCCAAUCGGCAUCUUCGCCGCGCUCGACACCGCCCUCGCCUUUGAGACUUGCGAGGCGCUCUUCCCCUCUGGCCGCGCCAUCCCUGCGGGCGGCGUCUACCUCUACGCCAACCAAAAGGGCUGCGACGGCGGGCGGCUGUACUUCGACGGCUGCGCGAUGGCGUGGGUGAACGGCGAGUGCGUCGCGCAGGGCUCCCCGUUCGAGGGGGUGCAGUACCCUACCGACCCGGUCCAAACCCAGUACCCAAAUAAAGUAGGGUCGCAGUUCGAGGGCCUGGACGAGGUGGAGGUGGUCGUCGCGACAGUCUCGCUGUCGGACGUCCGCGCCUUCCGGGCGAGCUUCAUAGCGCGCUCGAGCCAGGCGGCCUCCGCCGCCUCGAUCCCUCGCGUCGAGGUCGACUUUGCGCUCACGCUUCCGUACGCGGACCAGCUCUGCAGUGCGCCGUCGCGCCCCUCGCCGCCGCGGCUGCACAGCGCCAUGGAGGAGAUCGCCCUUGGGCCGUCGGGGUGGCUGUGGGACUACUUGCGCCGCUCGGGGCAGCGCGGCUACUUCCUCCCCCUCUCGGGCGGCGCUGACUCGAGCUCGACCGCCGCUCUGGUGGCGAUCAUGUGCCAGCGAGUUGUCGAGGAGCUGGGCGCGGGAUCGGAGCGGUCGCGGUCGCGCGUACUCGCCGACGUGCGGCGCGUCACCAAGCGGGCCGACUACACGCCGCCCGACUGGCGCGACUUGUGCGGCAAGGUGCUCGUGACUUGCUACAUGGCGUCCGAGUUCUCCGGCGCCGAGACGCGGGCGCGCGCGGCGCUACUCGCCGAGCAGAUAGGCUGCCUGCACACCUCCAUCAGCAUCGACGGCAUGCGGUCUGCCGCCCGCUCCCGGAUGGUGAUGGCGUACUUUAUGGCGCAGCUGAUGCCGUGGGCGACCGACGGCGACGAGACGACGGCGGGCGGCUCGCUCCUCGUGCUCGGAUCCGCGAACGUCGACGAGGCGUUGCGCGGCUACUACACAAAGUACGACUGCUCGGCCGCAGACCUGAACCCGAUCGGCGGCGUCAACAAGCGCGACCUCAAGGCAUUCCUCGAGUGGGCCGGACGCGAGCGAGGGAUCGGGGUGCUCGCGCGCGUCGCCGACGCGCCCCCCAGCGCCGAGCUGACGGGCGCCGAAGGCGCGCAGCUCGACGAGGAGGACAUGGGCAUGUCGUACGACGAGCUGGCCGCGCUGGGCUAUUGCCGCAAGGUCGAGCGGUGCGGGCCGCUCUCGACCUUCCUCAAGCUGCGCGACCGCUGGGCCGACGGACGCGCGCUCACGCCGUCCAUCCGCGCGAGGGGCGCCGCCGCGCCGGUCACGUUUGACGAGCAGGUCGCGCAGAAGGUCAAGGACUUUUACUUUUACCACGCGAUCAACCGGCACAAGAUGACGACGCUCACGCCGUCCUACCACGCGGAGAGCUACUCGCCCGACGACAACCGCUUCGACUUGCGCCCCUUCCUGCAGAAUGCGCGGUUCGACGAGCAGUUCAAGGCGAUCGACGAGGCGGUGGCGGCGGCCAAGGCGGCGCGUGGCGAGAGUUGAGCGUUGUGGCCCCCGCCGCGUUUUUGUGUGAGAGGCUCGGAAGCCUGUCGUGUGUCGACCGGAGACGGGGGGUCCGGUUCACCUCCGCAGUCGGCUCUACUCAUAUGGAAUUUAAGGGCAGCCGAUACAGAU